UCAUCUCUCAGUCUUGGGUCUUCACAAUAAACAAAAUAUCAACCGACUGCAGAAAUGGCCUCCAAUAAUAGUAAUGCCCCAACCUCCAGCCCCUCAAUGUACCUCGAAGACAUGAGCGAGGUCGGCAAAGUCUUCGCGCGCUUCGACACCAACAGCGACGGCAAGAUCUCCGCCGAGGAGCUCGCCGGCGUCCUCAAAGCCCUCGGAUCCUCCACCUCCCCCGACGAGGUCGACCGGAUGAUGCAGGAGAUCGACACCGACCACGACGGCCACAUCAGCCUCCACGAAUUCGCCGCUUUCUGCAACGCCAGCGCAGAUCCGUACAAGUCCGCCGAUAAGGAGCUGCGCGAGGCCUUCAACCUCUACGACCAGGACAGCGACGGCAAGAUAUCCGUCGCCGAGCUCCACCAGAUCCUCUCUCGCCUCGGGGAGCGCUUCUCCGAGGAAGAAUGCGCCGGUAUGAUCAAGUCUGUGGAUUCCGAUGGCGACGGCUUCGUCAAUUUCGAGGAGUUCACGAAGAUGAUGACUACCACCACCAACACCAACACCAAUGGCGCUAAUGCUGCGCCUUAGUGUUAAUGGAUUUCUCGGUUUAUAAUUAGUUGUAAUUUGAAUUUAAUGUUUGCGUUGCUCGGUUAAACGGCGUCGUCUUCUGGAAUAGUACUCCCUUGCCGAUUUUAAUGGAAAUUUUAUGAAAAUUAGAGACGAAAA